AUGUCGUUCGCUUCCCUGCGAAGCAAGAACAAGAAGAAGCAGACACCAAAGCAAGGCAAUGUGGUGAUAGUCAAGUCGUUGCUCGAUGUCCGUAUGCCCACCGCGGACGACUCGGUCCGACAGAAUCUGGAAGAAGAUAUCGAGUUGGGUCUUCGUCGAUUUUCGCGAUCGGAGACUGACCUCGACUAUUUUCCUUCAGUCAUGGACACGUCCGAAAUUCGUGCGGGUAGUGAUCAGAAGCGCGAGGCCAUAAUAGAUCGGACAGGCUCUCUGGGGGGAACCAGAGGGAAAUUCGUCCGUGGCCGGUCCUAUGCGUCUCACAAGCCGGCCGCAUCUGUAUCGCCCAUUUCUGAACAAGGCGAGGACGGUUUCAAGGUCUCUUCUCCGGACUCGAUUGUCUCUCCGUUGUCUCUGGAGUUGCCGAAAUUCGGCCCACCGUUUGCCAUUGAGAGUACCAUCUUCGAAAAUCUAGAGUCCAUCAGAGAAGACACGCCCGGCUUAGGCUCCAUGUCGUCGUCUCAGGAGGCCUUUGAUAGAGCUUCUUCCUGCUACAGUCAGGGUUCCCCGAGGUCGAGCAUCACCUCUGCGCCUUCUGUCGGAGCUGGGUGUCCCCGGUUAGUCUUGGAUGCUAACAGAAGCUUUUCCAUCAUCAACCCCGUCGCCGCCGGCGUCUUUGAUGACGACGACCCGGACCCGGACAGCAACGAAACGCAGCAGGCACCAGCCACGACCUCGAUUAAGCUCCCUAAAAUACGAUCCGAUCUGAAAAACAAGCCCUUGCCGCCGGAGCCUCCGUUAGAAGUGCCACCACCUCUACGCCAGUCAUCAUCGGCUGGUAACAGCCCCCAGUCCAUGAAGUCGCUGGAUGAGAGACGGGAAACCAUCUUGCGUCGUUCCCGAGUGCCGACGUUAUCUCAAGCCGCUGACGACCUGGAGAAUCAUCUUGCCAAAUUAGUCGAGUCCCGCACUAGCAGCGAGGAAUCCCCCGAAUCCCCUGUUCUCCUCAUUCAGGAUCCGAAAACCAGUGAUGAGGAGAUUGCACCCCUCGAUAUUUCUGCAGAACCCAGUGCGGAAGACAAGCAACCAGAGGGAAAGCCGGAUACAAAACGAUCCAGUACUCCACAUUCUUCUCGCAACGAGACCGGGUCCGAAUCCCAUCCUGAGAAGGAGAAGGAGAAGGAGGAGAAGAAAAUCAGCAUCGAGUCGGCGACCUCGACUGACGAAGCCAAAAGUCCUGAAAAGCGCAAGUUCCGAUUUGCCCUUCCGGGCCGUGGACUCACUCGCAAGGCUACGCAAGCGCCAGCCCCCAAACUUGGUCGCUCAUUGACUCAGACGGAAGCUGACCCCAAAGUCGCCGCCAAGAAUAUGCAACGCCAUAUUGAGACCCAGAUCUCACUGGCCCUGAAUCUCGACGAAGGGGAAGGGGAGUCCGACGCCGAGUGGUCCACUCUCCUUCCCCUCAAGGCUGUGAAGCAGCUUGGAAUCCCGCUAAUGUCGAGCAGCCAUAUCCCCAGACUAUCGUCCUCAGCAACGGAACGAAGCCUGCGAUUACAAUUACCUCGGCUGCAGACGAGUCAGUUCGAACGUCCCGUGUCUAGUCUUGAUGGCGAGAAAGCUGCUUCCGAGCCAGGUUCAGUUCGAGAGACCCUCUUCAUCGACUCGCCGAUCGAGGAAGGUGAUCAAGCUGGUUCGGAUGAAAACAAGAUCGUCGUUGGGAUCAGCAAAAUUGACUAUCUUUGCCCCGAUACCUCAACUCAGCAAGUCCAUCGGAUGCACCAAGGACACCAAGGGAAACCACGACCUCGCUUGAGUGAGCUGAACCUGAUGACGGAAGUCUAUGAACUCGACGCGGGUGUACCGUCACCUGCUCCCAAAGCUUCCAAGCCAUCCAAGAUUGUCAAUCUCCCGAUGCCUCCUAAUACCCCGGAUGAGGUGAUUUUGGCGCUUAUGCGUAACGUGGAUACCUUCGACGAGCUCUUCAACUUGGCGAUAGUGAACAAGCAGUUUUUCCGUGUCUUCAAAGCGAAUGAGCUCCCGCUGAUGAAGGAGGCCUUGUUCAAAAUGUCUCCUCCGGCGUGGGAGCUGCGCGAAAUGAGCCCCCCAUGGGGCGCAGAAAUGCACGGACUCCGGGAUCCCGACGCUCCGGUUCCGGAAUACACUCCCACUCUCUACCUACGCCAUCAUGCUCGAGAUAUCUUCACUCUCGUGAAGCUGAAGUCUCUGAUCUUGGUGCGCUGCGGCUCGUUUCUCCGGCCAGAGACCGUUCGCGGUCUCGCCGGGGUGGAUGAAGUUCGUGCGGGUGAAAUCGACGAGGCCUUCUGGCGCAUCUGGACAUUCUGCCGCAUUUUUGGGUCUGGGAAGAAUCGUGAAAACGAUAUCCAUGGCCAGAUGGAUUGGUUGAAUGGCGGGUAUCUGGCAGAGCAACAGAGGAAUGGGGCCACUGUAUUACUGGCGGAGCCUUUCUUCAGCAUGAACAAUGUUCUGUUCGAUCCACCAGCCGGAUUUGGACGAGGGAAUGGGUCAGGACUAUCACCCCAGCAGUUGUACGAUAUGACCGAGAUCUGGAACUGCUUUGGCGUCCUCCUUCAGGCGGUCCAUGCCAAGUGCGAUGAGGCGCGGAAAGCAGGCAUUUUCGACAACAUUGACAUUCCGGAGGGUGAUCUUGCGAAGGAAGAGGCAAUGCUCGAGGAGUGGACUUACUAUGUGCUCACGCUGGGACCCUCUGCGUUGGUCAGUCUCGCUUCCGUCUGUCCAACCGACUCGGCAGAAGCGACCUUCCGCAAGGCCAAGCAAAUGGGCUUGACGAAAUGGGAACCGCCUCUAUAUGGUGCCAGUCGUGCCUCCUUCCUUCGCGAAGCGGUCUCGCGGACCUACGAGGCCAGAUUUACGGCCCAGAAUUCUCCCCGGUCAGCACAGGCAGCGUCAAGGGGCCCGUCAUCCGCUAUGAAUAAUCGCGGGACACCUUCAAAUGUGGUUGCACGAAGUUCCGAAGAUAGUGCAAGGCCAGGGAACUCGCAGCAACCACGAUCCCAUCACAGCGGCCAAUCAUCCUCAGACAUGGAUGACCAGGUCAAGAAGAAUGCUGGUGUUUCGAGAUCGCCUGACAUCGGCACGACGUCUGCGCCAGCACCAGCUUCAUCCUCCACUUCUCCACAGUUUAUGGAUCCCGUUGACAAGGCGAUGAAAUUGAUGGUCGAUGAGCUGGGCUUCAGUGAGUACGACGCCAAAUGGGCGUUGAAGAUGACGGACACGGGCGACUCGAUCGACGCCGAUGCGGCAGUUCGCCUCCUCAUGCAAGAGCGCAAGAAACGCGGGAAGAACCAUAUAUUCUCGCGCCUGGGGCGGACUGCCUCUCGGAGCAGCAACAGCGACACAUACAGCCUGGUCGAUCCACUGCGAAGCGCACCACCGGCAUCGAAUGGUGGGCCAGGGUGGAGAUGGGCUUAA